ACGUGGCCCGUUCACAAAAUGGCGACCACCCCCGAGCAUCAGCAGCAGGAGGCACAGUAUGGGAAGGAUGACGUUCCCAACAAGGUUGAGAAGAAGAGCAAGAAAGACCGUAAGCUGGAGAAGAAGAGCAACAUGGAUGACUUGAAGAAGGAGGUUUCCCUGGACGAUCAUAAGUUGUCGUUAGACGAACUGCACCGCAAGUACGGGACGGAUCUGAGCCGUGGCCUGACGAACGUGCGAGCCGCGGAGAUCCUGGCUCGAGACGGCCCCAACUCCCUGACCCCUCCCCCGACCACCCCAGAGUGGGUCAAGUUCUGCAAGCAGCUGUUUGGGGGCUUCUCGCUGCUGCUGUGGAUGGGAGCCAUCCUGUGCUUCCUGGCCUACGGCAUCCAGGCCGCCACUGAAGACGAGCCCUCCAACGACAACCUGUACCUGGGGGUGGUGCUGUCGGCCGUGGUGAUCAUCACCGGCUGCUUCUCCUACUACCAGGAGAACAAGAGCUCCCGCAUCAUGGACUCCUUCAAGAACAUGGUCCCACAGCAAGCGCUGGUGAUCCGCGAGGGCGAGAAGACGCAGCUGAACGCGGAGCUGGUGGUGCUGGGGGACCUGGUGGAGAUCAAGGGAGGGGAUCGCAUCCCCGCGGACCUGCGCGUUGUCUCGUCGCAUGGCUGCAAGGUCGACAAUUCCUCGCUCACCGGAGAGUCUGAGCCUCAGAGCCGCUCCCCCGACUUCACGCACGACAACCCGCUGGAAACUCGCAACAUCGCCUUCUUUUCCACCAACUGCGUCGAGGGCACCGCUCGUGGGAUCGUCAUCAACACCGGUGACCGCACGGUCAUGGGCCGUAUCGCCACGCUGGCCUCCGGGCUCGAGGGCGGCCGCACUCCCAUCAACAUCGAGAUCGAGCACUUCAUUCACAUCAUCACCGGCGUGGCCGUCUUCCUCGGCGUCUCCUUCUUCGUCCUGUCGCUCAUCCUCGGAUACAGCUGGCUGGAGGCCGUCAUCUUCCUCAUCGGCAUUAUCGUGGCCAACGUGCCCGAGGGUCUGCUGGCCACCGUCACCGUCUGCCUGACGCUGACGGCCAAGCGCAUGGCUAAGAAGAACUGCCUGGUGAAGAACUUGGAGGCUGUGGAGACGCUGGGCUCCACCUCCACCAUCUGCUCCGACAAGACGGGCACCCUCACGCAGAACCGCAUGACGGUGGCGCACAUGUGGUUCGACAACCAGAUCCACGAGGCGGACACCACGGAGGACCAGUCCGGAACGGCGUUCGACAAGAGCUCGCCGACGUGGACCGCCCUGGCGCGUGUGGCGGCGCUGUGCAACCGCGCCGUGUUCCAGGCGGGCCAGGAUAGCGUGCCCGUGCUCAAGCGCGAUGUGGCCGGUGACGCGUCCGAGUCUGCGCUGCUCAAGUGCAUCGAGCUGUGCGUUGGCAACGUGCGCGACAUGCGUGACAGGAACAAGAAGAUAUCCGAGAUCCCCUUCAACUCCACCAACAAGUACCAGCUGUCCAUCCACGAGACCGAGGACGCCAGCGACCCGCGCUACCUGCUGGUCAUGAAGGGCGCCCCGGAGCGCAUCCUCGACCGCUGCUCCUCCAUCAUCAUCCAGGGCAAAGAGCAGCCUCUGGACGAGGAGCUGAAGGAGGCCUUCCAGAACGCCUACCUGGAGCUGGGAGGGCUGGGCGAGCGCGUGCUGGGAUUCUGCCAGUUGUACCUGCCCAUCGACCAGUACCCCAAGGGCUUUGCCUUCGACACGGACGACGUGAACUUCACCACCGACAACCUGUGCUUCACCGGACUCAUCUCCAUGAUUGAUCCUCCCCGUGCCGCCGUGCCUGACGCCGUGGGGAAGUGCCGCUCCGCCGGCAUCAAGGUCAUCAUGGUCACCGGUGACCAUCCCAUCACAGCCAAGGCCAUCGCCAAGGGGGUGGGCAUCAUCUCCGAGGGCAACGAGACGGUGGAGGACAUCGCGGCGCGACUCAACAUCCCCGUGAGCCAGGUCAACCCCAGAGACGCGAAGGCGUGCGUGGUGCACGGCUCGGACCUGAAGGACAUGACGGACAUUCAGCUGGACGACAUCCUGAAGAACCACACGGAGAUCGUGUUUGCUCGCACCUCCCCCCAGCAGAAGCUCAUCAUCGUGGAGGGCUGUCAAAGACAGGGUGCGAUUGUGGCCGUGACGGGAGACGGUGUGAACGACUCGCCUGCGCUCAAGAAGGCCGAUAUCGGCAUCGCCAUGGGUAUCGCGGGCUCUGAUGUGUCCAAGCAGGCGGCCGACAUGAUCCUGCUCGAUGACAACUUUGCCUCCAUCGUCACCGGCGUAGAGGAGGGACGACUGAUCUUCGACAACCUCAAGAAGUCGAUCGCGUACACGCUGACGAGUAACAUCCCCGAGAUCACGCCCUUCCUCUUCUUCAUCCUGUGCAACAUCCCCCUCCCGCUGGGCACCGUCACAAUCCUGUGCAUCGACCUGGGCACCGACAUGGUGCCCGCCAUCUCCCUGGCGUACGAGGCGGCGGAGAGCGACAUCAUGAAGCGGCAGCCGAGGAACGCGCGCGUCGACAAACUGGUGAACGAGCGGCUAAUCAGCAUCGCCUACGGGCAGAUCGGCAUGAUCCAGGCCCUGGGAGGGUUCUUCUCCUACUUUGUGAUCCUGGCUGAGAACGGGUUCCUGCCUUGGAACCUCAUUGGCAUCCGAAUCAACUGGGAUGACAAAUCUCUCAAUGACUUGGAGGACAGCUACGGCCAGGAAUGGACGUACGAGCAGCGCAAGAUCGUGGAGUACACCUGCCACACCUCGUUCUUCGUGAGCAUCGUCGUGGUGCAGUGGGCCGAUCUCAUCAUCUGCAAGACGAGACGCAACUCCGUGUUCCAGCAGGGCAUGAAGAACAAGGUGCUGAUAUUUGGGCUGUUUGAGGAGACCGCCCUGGCCGCCUUCCUCUCCUACUGCCCGGGCAUGGACGUGGCCCUGCGCAUGUACCCGCUCAAGCCGAGUUGGUGGUUCUGCGCCUUCCCCUACAGUCUCCUCAUCUUCGUGUACGACGAGGUGCGCAAAUUCAUCCUUAGGCGCCAUCCUGGAGGUUGGGUGGAGAGGGAGACGUACUACUAGACGACGCAACCGCCACCCCCAGCCCCCUACACCCUGCAAGGGCCAUGCCCCAGCGCUCCACUCACUAAAUGUGUCAAUUGCCAAACUAACAUUAAACGUUUGUUUAUUAAAUACUGUAAACCUGCCUUCAGUAGCUGAAUUCAUUGUUAACGUGUUUAUAUAGAGUUUUUAAAAUACAGUGCCGUGGGGUCGUAUUCUGCUUUGUCAUGUGCAAGUCGAAAUAUGAAUUGAGAAAAUAAAAUCGUCAACAGGUUUACAGUAUUGCAGCUGCCAAUUUAUAGAGCCCCUUGCCUUUAAAGAAGCAUCGAUUGGACAGGAGCCAUGGACCGAUCGUGGCUUGUAGGACCCAACCCGGUGGCUUUGACUCUGUGCUCAACAGGGUCAGUCACUCCCAUCACAAACAGAGUGAGAGAGAGAGGAGCUGCAUGUGAACCAGACCCUCGUGCCCUGCACUUAUGUCGUGUGGUAACUGUGCCGUCGUGUGUGCGUGACCGUCACUUCGUGGGGCUGCGAGCGACUGGCAGCGGGACCCAUCUUCGCGCAAACUGUCAUCAAUUUGCGUGGGGAUGGGGGGAGGGGUGGGGGUGGGCCGUUCAAAAAGUGUGCCCCUGAGUUCAUAAGAAAAAGUCUUGAUCUUGCAUUGAGUAUUAUGGACUCGUCCUGGAAAGCUGAGGGGGGCGCCAGAUGGGUGGUGCUGCCUUGCGUGCGAAGUCUGUGGAUGACGCCAAUACAGUGGAACUAAAAAGUGGCACCAUGCGUCUGGCCGCCUUUUGUUGUUUCCACGGACCAUUUGCUGCCCCCCACCUAGUUUAUUCGGUGGUAUUGUGUUGAACAUUUCAAGUAAUAAAAUACAAAACCGUUCAUCCCACGAUGUUGUUUAGUCCGCUAGUGAGCUGUCUGUGAGUUAAGUGGCCACAUUUGUGCCAUUUUUUAAAACCCCGUGUGUCCGUUUCUACACAAGGAGGGAGCGCGUGUGCCUUGGCUUCACAGUCAGCUCUUGACCGGCGUAGCUCCCACUCACAGCUGUUAGCCCACGUGGCCUACAGCUGCUGUGCGUGCACGCAUCACGUGCUCGCGUUCCUCUGUGCGCUGGCGCGGCCACGUGGCCGGCGCGAACGCAGAGUGGUCAACGUUCGAAAAGCGCACACAGCCUUGGGAAGCCGAGCGCGCACGCGUGCCGUGUACCUUCCAACGCAUGUACAACACACACUUGGUGUGAAUCGGCCGUUUUUAACAAAUUUUAAUACAUAUCGUGGUAGUAGAUUGGUACAGCAAAGUUUUUAUCAAAACGUGCAUGGAAUCUUGUCUGUUCACUGUCUUCCUUAAUAUUUAUUAAUAAAGGUUGCAACCAUU